GUCGUGCAGUGUCGGUUGAUCAUCAUGCCAACAACAAUGUGAAUUAUUCCACCAAACAAGUAUUCUUAUUUUCUCCGAUUUCCGAGUUUUUUUUACACUCCUUCGCUAUCUGUGCAAAUUCAAAUAUUACUUUCGACUGCUUCGAAAUUUUAAAAAGUCUUCACAAAAUCUUGCACUUUUUAUAUUGAUUACUUCGGAGAGUAAGGAAAAACUCUUCUGCAAAGAUGUGCACCCCAAUUAUUGGUCAAUUGGUGACGGAAAAUUUGGUCCAGGGUUACAUUGAAAAUGGACUCGGAGUGUCAUUUAAAGGCCUCGGAGCCAAGUGGGACACGGAAGAAGAUGUGAAAAACGUCGUAUCUAAAAUCCGCAGCUGUGAGAACUUAAAGUAUUUAGAACUGGAGGGGAAUACUUUAGGAGUAGACGCAGCAAAAGCAAUCGGGAAAGCGUUGGAGUCAAAACCAGAGUUUGAAGCAGCUUUGUGGCGUGACUUAUUUACGAGUCGAUUGAAAAACGAAAUUCCUCAAGCGAUGAAAUUCCUAUUUGCUGGAGUGGAUCUUGCGGGUGCACGAUUACAAUAUUUGGAUCUUAGUGACAAUGCCAUUGGACCGCUGGGCAUGACAGGGCUUGCACCAUUUUUCAAAAGCCAAAGCAGUUUCUCCUUGAAAGUCCUUAUUUGCAAUAAUAAUGGACUGGGUCCCCAGGGGGCUGAGGAAUUUUCAAAAGCACUCAUAAACUGCAAACAUUCUAGUUUGACUCAAGGAGGACAAAUUUUCAAUUUGAAAACCUUUGUUUGCGGGAGAAAUCGAAUGCAAAAUAAGGGGGCUGUCGCGAUUUCCAAGUUUAUCAAGGAAUGUACGACACUUGAAGAAAUUCAUAUGCCUGAAAACAGUGUGUACUGGCAAGGACAGGUUUCUUUGGCUGAAGCUUUUGCUGCUAAUCCGAACCUUCGAGUUCUCAACUUGAAUGACAACACAAUUAUUGGAAAGGGAACAAGGAAAUUAGCAGAAGCUUUUCAGCAACUUGUUCAUCUUGAAGAUCUAAAUUUGGGAGAUUGUCUUUUACGAAGCAGCGGUGCUUUGUUUAUUGUUAAUACAAUAAAAACUCAUCAAAACUUGAGAAAACUAGUUUUGGAUGGAAAUGAGAUUACCAAACCAACUGGAGUUCAAAUAGCUGAAAUACUUCGUACCAGUAAAAGUCUGCGACACUUGAGUCUAAAUUCAAAUCCUUUUGGAAUUACUGGGGCUGUAGUAAUUGAGGGCAUGUUACGCCAACACUGUGACACUGUCGAAGUUGAUGACCCAGAGGACAGUGAAUAUGAGGAAGAAGAAGUACAUGAAGAGGAGGAAGCUGACGAGGAAGAGGAUGACGAUGAAGAAGGUGCAGGUGACAACGAGUCGAAAGAAGACAUUGGAGAAGGCGAAGUUAUUCACGGUGGUGACGAUGAUGAAAAUUAUGAAGACUACGGUGACGAUGAUUACGAAGAGGAAGAGGAUCCCGUAGAAAAUGUGAUGCGAUUCCUCCAAGAACCAUCUCUAGAAAAUUAUCGUGCAAUUCCAGGAGGAUUGUCCGAGUACGUGUAUGAUUUGGAGUACCUCGACAUUCCUUCACACGAAAUAUGCAUUCAGGGUGCCGUAGGCAUGAUCGAAUACUAUGGAAAAAAAUCUGGCACUGUCCCUAAAGAAUGUCAAGUAAUUUUUAGCAAACUGCUUAAUGAGGCUGUAAAUUUUGCAAGCGGUGGCACAAAUGAGUUUGCCUCCGCACUUUUGGUUCACCUCGGAAUUUCUAUUUCCCAUAUGAAUGAAUACUACAGAGAAGAAGUCUAUCCGGCCAUGCUCGAUUGUUUAGCAUUGUGGCUAAUAAAUGUCGUGAAUGAGAAGGACGUGGAAGUUCCAGACGAAAUGCUUGCCUAUUUCCAUAAUUCAUUCCAAAAUGUUCGUCCGGAUCUUUCUGUCAACAAAAGCAAACUAUCGAGUCUAAUUGAUUAUGUAUUGUGGCGGCGAGCAAAGAAUGCUAAUCGAUCUCAAAAGUAGUAAAAGGAAAAAUUAAAGAACAUCAUAAUUUAAAACUCUAUCUAAUAUUAAUUGUGUUAUUUGGGAUUUUUGAAAUUCCAGUAGAAUUUUUAUCACUGUCAGAAAAUUAUUAUUAUAAUACACUUGUCAAAUAAACGAGAGGUUUAAAUGUGACUACAAA